AUGGUUAGGCUGCUGAUAAAGUCUUCGCACCAGAUAACAGCAAAGUUCGAAAGUCGCAUCAUUUCAAUGUCCAAGCUGGUCGGCGUCGCCGCUCUUGCGGUAGUGGUGGCCGCAGCGAUUGUGAUCGCUUCACUUGUCCUUAACAUCAUCAUCCUCACCCGAGUCAACACUAUCAACAACAACGUCCUCAGCCCAACUCCGACACCACAGCCGACUGUCAUUUCCAAUGGAACACCACAGCCGACUGUCAUUUCCAAUGGAACACCACAAUCGACUGUCAUUACCACUGCAGCAGCACAGGCAACUGUCAUUACCAGUGCAGCACCACAGGCAACUGUCAUUACCAGUGCAGCUCCACCACAACAACCGACUGUCGGUACCGUUCCGACACCACAGCCGACUGUCAUUACAAAUGACACGAAGUUUUGUCCGAACGUUGGGCCAGCAAACACAUCGCCAGCAUACCAACAAGCUGCUACGUAUCUGCUGAAUGGUCUGGAUCAAAGUGUUGAUCCAUGUGUGGACUUCUAUGCUUUCACGUGUAACAAGUUCAUCGCCCAAGUAAAUUUAACGGCUUUGGAUUUGAAUCGUUUAUCAACAUAUGAUCAAGCUCAAGAGGCUGUAAAUGCUCAAAUAGUAAAAACUCUGAUGCCUGUUGAUGUUAACGACGACAAGAAAUGGUCAGCCACAGAGCGAAUCACAAAGGCGGCGCUCGAUGCUUGUGUAAUCAACAGUAAACUUGCUACUUCGCUAGACAAUUCAAAACAGAUUUAUAACGACAUUAACACGUGGUUUGGAGGAGUCCCGUUCUUAGGAGGAAGCCUCGUGAAAAAUGCGAGUAUCUGGGCUGCAGUGGGUACCAUCGAACAGACUCAUGCUCUCGGAACAUUGCUAUCAUCCUGGGUUUCUGUGGACUACAGAAAUGUGUCCCAAAAUGCUCUCUACAUAUCACAGCCAUCUCUACCGAUGCCGCGUGAGUUCUAUGUGCUCCCUCAGUUUGUGGAUAAACUGAAUAAUCGAGCACAACAGAUCGAAGCAAUAAUGCUCUCCUUUGCGAGCGAUGUUCUUCCUGAUCCAUCGCCUUAUGCUGCCACAAUCAAGCAGGCCUCCCAAGAUGUUGCAAAUUUCGAAGUUUUAAUUGCUAUGGCUUCAUGGUCUGACGAUGAGCAGAGGAAUUAUGACCAACAAUACAAUGCGUACAAGUUGUUCAACCUCACUCAGGCGUAUCCCUCAAUUGAAUGGAAUGAUUACCUAACAAAUCUUCUAUCAUCUGUCGAAAACGCUACAGACGUUGUCAGCAACCAAGUCGUGCUCUCUCAACCUUCUUACUUCGCAUGGUUGAACGCAAUUUUCGCUGGGAACACAGUUGAUCAAAACACUAUCGUUAACUACAUUAUCACACAAUUGUUGUUUGAUGAUGCAGAUUUCCUCGGAGGAUCUUUCAAAAAUGUUGCAGUGCAAGCUGAUUAUGUUCCCUAUGCUCAACGAAGAGGUCGAGGAGUUACAAGGAUUGGUCGACGACAUUUCCGAAAAUUCGAUGAUCAAGAUGAUCCUGCUGUCGGUUGCAUAGACAUGCUUAUGAAUUACAUGCCAUAUGGACCUGGUUAUGUUUAUGUGAAGGCACAAGGAAACAGAGACCAAGUUGUUAAGGACAUCACUCAUCAAACAGAUCUUGUCAUUUCAAACUUUCAGAAGAUGAUAGGCACAUUAGAUUGGAUGACGCCUGAUUCAAAAGCUGCUGCCAAGUACAAAUCUGAUCAUAUCCUCAAAAAUUAUGGUUGGCCAUCAGACAUGUUUGGUGAUUUUCAGAAUUUCACAAAUGUCGAUGACUACCAUCAACUUGACUAUUUCCCCAUUAUUAAUGCGUACAACAACGAUAGCACCGAUUACUACACGAUUUUCAAUCUACUGAAGAAAGGCCUGGAAAAUCGCGAGGCGUUCCGUUUGCUCACGGAACAAGCAGACAGAGGGAACUUCCUCCAGUCGCCAGCAAUGGUAAAUGCGUGGUACCAGCCAGAAAGGAAUUCAAUCACAUUUCCCUACGCUAUCUGGAAUCCGCCUUAUUACAAUAUCGACUACCCUCAGGCUUAUAAUUAUGCUGGCCAAGGUGGAACGGGUGGUCAUGAAUUGACCCAUGGAUUUGACGACGAAGGUGUUCAAUUCGGAUGGGAUGGAUCUCUCACGAAUUGCACAUGGAAUCAAUGUGGGUGGAUGGAUGCAACUUCAAAAACCGGAUUUACCGGGAUGGCUCAAUGUGUUGUCACUCAGUACAGUACCCAAUGCUGCCCGGAAAAAACUGGCAACGUCCAUUGUUGUAAUGGAGCUACCACACAAGGAGAGAACAUUGCUGAUUUAGGAGGUCAGCAAGCUGCAUACAAUGCCUACCAAGACUACGUCAAAGAGCUGGGCCAUGAUGAAAUGAGAUUACCUGGCCUGGAGCAGUUCACUCCCAAUCAAAUUUUCUGGAUUACUUAUGGUUAUUCGUGGUGCAUGAAGCAGAGUGAUAAAAAUCUUGUUAAUCAGCUCUUAACAAAUCCACAUGCGCCUGGUUCGUGUAGGACAAACCAAGUUAUGCAGGACAUACCGUCAUUUGGAAAAGAUUUCGGCUGCAAGCAAGGAUCACCAAUGUAUCCACCACCCGAUCAACGAUGCAAGGUAUGGGUAGGAUAG